UACUAAAUUUGUAGUGCACACUAAGUAUACUAAUAAUAGUGUACUACACCUAGUCCUGAUGUUAUUUCGGACAAUGAAAUAACAAUACAAAUGAACUAUUUCUUAGGUCAGUGUAUUUCUCCAACAGGUGUUUUCAAGUGUUUAAAGUGAUACAUCAGCUGGUUGAUUCAGAAGAGGACAUACUAAUGGUUGCCAAAGCAGUCAUUCAAGAGUUUGCGGCAGAUGGUGUAAAAUACUUGGAGUUGCGUAGCACGCCACGGGAAGUGACUGAAACAGGUCUCACGAAACAAAGAUACAUUGAAACUGUGCUCGAAGCCAUCCGGCAGUGUAAACAAGAGGAAGUUGACAUUGAUGUCAGGUUUCUCGUAGCCGUGGACCGCAGACACGGGCCUGUGGUUGCCAUGGAGACUGUGAAGCUGGCAGAGGACUUCCUGCUUUCCAGUGAUGGAGUAGUAGUUGGACUUGACCUCAGUGGAGACCCAACAGUGGGUCAUGGAAAAGAUUUGCUCUCUGCACUUGAAAAAUCCAAGAACUGUGGUCUGAAGCUGGCGCUACACCUCUCAGAGGUCGGAGCACAUGGAAACUUCUUUAUAUUGGAAUGAUGUUUUGGUUCCUUCUCGGAGAGAUGAGUCUGAGCUGCUGUUGAACUUGCCUCCUGAUAGAAUCGGCC